AUGGAGAAGAAGACAGCGACGCCGCCGGUAAAAUCACCAGGGUUGGGAGCCCUAGUCAUGGCAGAACGGUACAAAAUGAUGUCUAUUACGCAACGUCCAGAACAGUCUUUGGUAGAAUUCUAUACCACGAUACAGCAAGCUGCAGCUACUUGCGGAAUUGAGUCGGUUAAGGACGUGCGAGAGAUGGUAGUUACCAUGGUAUUUGUGAGUGGUUUGGGGUCAGUGGAGACUAGGCAGAAGCUGUUAGAAAAUGAAGAGCUAUCGGCAAAAGAACCAUUAGAACACGCGGAAGCAUUUGAGGGGGUAGUAGCAAACGCGUCUGGUAUAGGGCGUAGGAAUGAAAUGGUGUUGGUUAUAGCGAAAGUAAGUAAGGAACGGAGAAAUUUAAGCCUAAGCCAGAAAGACCAGCAAAGGGGUAAAUGGGAAAUAGAUAAGAGAGAUGUCAGCAGACUUAGGGUUGAGAACAGGACUCGGAUGUUUGGUAAACCAGAUAAGCGAUUGGGAGCAAAAGGCCAAGGAAGAGUGGAAUUCCAGUAA